AUGUUAGCGAAAGCAACUCCGGAAAAUGCGAUUGCUUUUGUAAAAUUAAGCGUGUUCAUAUCACUUCUUUGGCCGCUGUCGGCCACGGCAACACGAUGGCAAGUAGUUCGCUUCAAAACGUUAAUCUGGUUGAGUUACGCAAAUCUGUGGUGUCUUUUCGUGCCGAUAGUCGUUAGUUAUCAAGAUUGCAUCAGCAAUCCAAACAUCUGCGUCAAAUCGAUUCCCAUACUGGCUGGCAACAUCCAGUGUAUAACGGAUAUAACGAUAUGUCAACUUUAUCAUAAACAAUUGCAACCGUUAAUUGCUGAAAUGGAAAGCCACUGUAAACGUGCUAAAGGUCACGAAAGAAAAAUCUUACAACAAUAUGUCGACAACUAUGGGACGUUUUACAUUGCGGCCGUAAUAUUGUAUUAUUUGACAACGGUUUAUGUUGUUUCCACCCCGUCGUCUGAUAAUCUUCCGGUGAACGCUAAAUAUCCAUUCAAUUUGACUUCUCCGUUGACGUUAGGAAUCAUUUACGCGCAACAGAGUUUCGUUGGCUUGCAGAUAUCGUCGGCAUUGUGCACCAGCAUUUUCGUUGCGCUUUUGCUUUGGUUCGCAUCGGCUAAAUUCGACAUGUUGUGCACCGAAAUACGAACAACAACAAAUGUCAACGACUUAAUACGAUGCAUUCAGAAGCAUCAGAAAAGUUCGAACGUUGGCACCGCAGUUUAUGAAUCACAAUGGUAUUCUCAAAACGUAUACGUGCAGAAAAUUUUGCUUCCCAUUAUACUACGAUGCCAAAAACCGGUUACCAUUACAAUCGCUUGUGUCAUACCGAUUUUGUCACUACAAUAUUUUAGUUCGUUUAUUUCAACGGGGUUUUCUUACUUCACGGCCAUACGAGUAAUGAUCGAAAAAGAUAACGUACAAUGA